AGGUGGACCUAGAGUCAAACUGCAUCAAAUAAUAAAAAACGCUCAGGGGGAAGUUGAAUUUUGGUAUACUAGUCCAUUUUUACACCCUAAACACGAAUCCUUAUUCCUUUAUAGUGCCCCACCAGUUCCUGGUGACCUUUCCCCCAAUUGUGGAUUUUAGCCCCCCAUUAGGUUUUCCCCCUAGCCCUUCAAAUUGCAGUCCUACCCCAAAAAUGGGGUCUAUGAAAGUUGUUGUAUAUCAAAUUUCCCAUCAAAUGAUCUAUAAAACAACUUCGUCCCCCCGAGGGAGGUGGACCUGCGGUCAAUCUAAUACAUAUAAGGGGUUUUUGAAUGUGAGUCCAUGAUAAUUGAUAGGUACGAAAUCUGUUUUUUUUACAACAAUUUUGACCUCACACAAGUGUAGGAGAAUGGAUUAUAACCUCAAAUUAUUCCAGUGGGGAGUACCUCUUUCCACCCUUCAUACAUAUCGUGACUCAUAUUCAAAAACUCCCUAUAUUCAAUUAACUGUAGGUCCACCCCCUCGGGGGGACGAUGUUGGUUCAUAGGCCAUCUGAUGGGAAAUUUGACGUAAAACAAUUUUUAUAGACUCCAUUUUUGGAGUAGGACCGCAAUUUGAGGAAAUAUGGGAGAAAAACCUUAUUUCCGGGGGUAAAAAUCCACAAUGGGGGCAGCAAGCUAGGGACAACUGAGGUACACCAAGGAUUCGCGUUCAGGGUUCAAAAAUAAGCCAGUAUACCAAAAUUCAGCUUUUGAUACAAUGUUGGUAAAUGAAAAGAAAAAGUUGAAAUUAUUCGAUCACUUGAAAAUUUUUAAAGUCCAGAGUGUUGAGAGGUGCAUAUAAAAGCAUUCAACACCAGUUCUUUCAUCAGCUACAGUGGUCCAGUAGGUAAGUUAGGUGGAUAAUGCAGUGAUGUGCAGGAGGUCUCAGGUUCGAUCCCUACCCCAAGUGGAAAAUUUUUUUAGGUUUUUCAAAAUUUUUUUGGAAAGAAUUCUUCAAUUCUAGCACUGCAGCUUACAGGGAAGCACUAAAUUCAAUCAUCAAGCCACAUAUUUCAAUUUUUUACAUUCACAUUUCACAAUGUAGGUAAUUUUUAGUCAAAUCACCAACAGUUAUUGUUAGUGAUUUUACUAACAGUUUUUUACAUCCUUAGAAGGUGACGAAAAAACUGUCAGUUUUUUUACUAACAAAAACUGACAAGGAAUUUCUGCAAGGGACGUGAUUACUAAUGUGACCAAACCCAGCUGCAAUGACACCCUACUCGACAGUAUCUUGGAAGAAACACAGAUUAAAAGAACACAGGUCAACUUUCUCAUCGAAACGGAUUUCUGCUUGCGAAACGAUUCGCUCCAAGAGUACGGGUUAAUUAGCUCUGUAAGCGACGGAUACGCACAAAUGGGCCAAAAAUUAUUCAAAUAUCAUACGUUUUCAGCAUCGUAUUACAAGAGGUUAAAUACUGCACCACAAAAAGUAUGCCAAAUAGAAAUUGAAAGCAUCGAUAAUUAUACAUUCUGCGUCAAUAUGGAUUCAUUUUUCAUUAAUGCAGCAGUGGAAGAGCUAAUUUUCGGUAGUUUGGAUCCAUGGGGGUGCGAAAUGAAUGCAGGAGACCAUCGUCAAAUCGAGGCAGCGACACGAACUUCCGAGGUAUGCACUCGUGUUUAUAAAAAAUUAAAUCCACUAGAAGCUCAAUCAAUUCGAUGUACGUAUAAAGGCGAAAACGACUUUGAUUACGGUUUUUCCCUACAAGACGUUCGUUCCUUAAACGAGACAUUCAGAAGACCAAUGAACGGAACUUCGAAUAAAAUAUACGUAUCGUCGAGCUACAAUAAAAAUGAAUUUCAUCAUUUCAAUAUAAUCUUCGUGAAUGGCACUUCUAUUGCACAAAACAUUCCUUUACGGCCGAUGAAUAAAUCCGAUUUAUUUGUAGGAUCAUUCCAACCGCCAGACAAAGGCUAUUUUUAUAUUCAAGUAAUAAGAAUCGAUAACGGAGCAAAAGUACUGGCGCGAAUUUCGAAUGCAAUCAGUGCUGCAGAUGGGUUUGGUGCAAACCAUAAAAAUCCAACUUUUGAAUACAGACCGGAGUACUCGAAUGCGUAUUUUAAUCAGAAACCCAAACAAUCGAGCUGUGGAUGUGGAUGUAAUUCAAAGCCUUCGUUAUCAAAAGCCGAGGAUUCAGGUCUUUCUAUCGUUUACCUAUUUAUUGCGGUUGCAGUAUUAGCCACGUUGGUUGUGGGGGUGUCCUUGUAUUUGUACUUGACUCCUCUUUACAAUCGAUUAAAUUCAUUAUUCUCUAGACUAUCAGAUUAAUUACAAUGAUCUAUGUAUGUAGGUAUCGCCAUUCGAUUACCACCUUGUAUAAAACUGUGCAUACAGUUGAGUAUUUGUAUAACUUCUGAAUAAAAAAUUUGAAUAAAUUGA